GGACAGCAUAACAGCCACUAAACCAAAAAAGCCCCUUCUCCAACCCUACGUUCCAAUUCAUAGACGAAAUCAACAACAACAACAACAACAAGUUAUCAAUAAUGUCCGACCAAGUGUCUCAACGAUGAGUUCUUCGUCGGGAGGAGAGGAAGGAAUAAAACGACGUGGAAGAGGGCAAUUUAGAGCCCCAUCCUUUAAUGAUCUUCGUCAAUGUAAUAACAACAUUCAAGUAGAAUGCUCUAAUGACAAUAGUAAUUUAAAUAAUGAAAAGAUGAUUAAAACUGACAUUGACGAUUCGAGGAAAGAAAAAGAACACAUGGAAAAGUUAAUUUCAAAAGUAGAGAAGCUUUCUAUAGAAAGCUCAGACGAAGAAAAAGAAGAUUGGGAAGAAGAAUGGGAACUCUCGUCGAUAGCAAUAGAAAAGAAAACAGAAACGACAUCACCUUCACAGGAAUCAAAGAAAGUGGAUACUUUGCUAAAUGAUGAUCAAACAAUGACAACAGUAUUAGAUUGUUAUGAUUUUCCAAGUUCAUUUAAAACAUAUCAUUUGCAAGAUAUAUUUAAAGAGUUUGAAACAAUGAAAGGUGGAUAUAGCAUAAAAUGGAUAGAUGAUACCCGAGCUUUAAUUAUAUUUGAGCAUCCUGAGACAGCCAAAAAAGCAUAUAUUAGUCUGUUAAAUAGUCAACUAUUAAAAAUUCGACCCUAUAAAGGACAAAUACAAAAAACACGUAAAGAAAAGAAAAAAGGAUGAAAUAGAGAUAUAUAUGAUGAUAAUUAUUAAAAUUAUUUGUAGCUUCUGGUCCUAUACCUCGUCGUCCGGUUACAACAGAUAUGGUAGCAAAAAGGUUAGUGCAUAAUGCAUUAGGAGUUCGAACAGUAAAGACGGCAGAACAAAGACAGGCAGAAAGAGAAUUAUUACGAGCAGCAAGAGAACAACGAGCCGCACAAAAGGCAAAUAAUGCACUUCGAGAAAAGCAAAUAUCUGAUGCAUUUAAUGAAUAAUUAUAUAUAUACGAAUAUAUACACAUAAAUAUAUAUAUACAUAUAUGUGUAUAUAAGAGACGCUUGGUAUAGAACAGUCUCAAUAAAUAUGUAAUAUUUCUUUUUUUUUCUUUUUUUUUUUUUUUUGUUAUUU